GAAACUGAAAGUAACUCAGAACAACAACACUGCUGCAGUCCACACAAGUCUCUCUGUGUCUCUCAACAAACAACUUCAGGUCAACAGUAGCCUACAGCGGAGCCUCUAAAUUCAAACAUGGCAGCAGCCAGCAGUCUCCUCUCUGAAGAUCAGUUUCUGUGCUCCAUCUGUCUGGAUGUGUUCACUGAUCCAGUCACCAUACCAUGUGGACACAACUUCUGCAAGACCUGCAUCACACAUCACUGGAAUAUUAAUGCCCAGACUAAGUGCCCUGUAUGUAAAAAACAGAUUGAUAGAAGACCUGAACUGCAUGUCAACACUUUUAUAUCUGAGAUGGCUGCUCGAUUCAGACAGUCAGUUAAAAUAAAAGCCAACAGCAGCUCACAGCAGCACCGAGCAGACACAGGAGAAGUUCUCUGUGACGUCUGCACUGAAACCCAGACGAAGGCCCUGAAGUCCUGCCUGGUGUGUCUGGCCUCCUACUGUGAGACUCACCUGGAGCCUCACCGGAGAGUCACAGGCCUGAAAAUACAUACGCUGAUUGAUCCUGUGGAGAACCUGGAGAGCAGGAUGUGUAAGAAGCAUAAUAGACCUCUGGAGCUGUUCUGCAAGACUGACCAGAUAUGUGUGUGUCAGUUCUGCACUGAGUCAAGUCACAAGAGACAUCAUGUCAUUUCUCUGAAAGAUGAAUAUGAAGGAAAGAAAGCUAAACUUGGAAAGAUAGAGGCUAAAGUUCAGCAGAUGAUCCAGGAGAGACAACUGAAGAUCAAGCAGUUCAAAAAGUCAGUGGAGCUCAGCAAGGAAGAUGCAGAGAAACAGACAGCAGCGAGCGUGCAGGUCUUCACUGAUCUGAUCCAGUCUGUUGAGGGAAGUCUGGCUGAUCUGAUUGAGAUGAUUAAAGAGAGGCACAACACAACAGAGAAACAGGCAGAAGGCUUCAUCAAAGAGCUUGAAGAGGAGAUCUCUGAGCUGAUGAAGAGAAGCUCUGAGCUGGAGCAGCUCUCACGCACUGAAGACCACCUCCUGCUUCUCCAAAGCCUCCUGUCCUUGAAUCCGUUUCAACCCACCAAGGACUGGACGGAGGUCAGAGUUCACUCAUCAUGUGAGGGCGCUGUUAGGAGUACUGUGACUCAGCUGGAGGGGACACUCAGUAAAGAGGUUAAAAGGCUGUGUGCCAACCUUGAGGUGAAGAGGGUCCAGCAGUUUGCAGUGGAUGUGACUCUUGAUCCUGAAACAGCAAAUCACCAUCUCAUCCUGUCUGAUGAUGGGAAGCAAGUCAGUUAUGGUGACAUGAAGCAGAAUCUUCUCGACAACCCAAAGAGAUUUUCUUUAUAUUCUGUCCUAGGAAAGCAGAGUUUCUCUGUGGGAAGAUUUUACUAUGAAGUCCAAGUCAAAGGGAAGACUGCCUGGACUUUAGGAGUGGCCAGAGAGUCUGUCAACAGAAAGGACACCUUCAUCACUUUGUCCCCAACAAAUGGCUACUGGACUGUAUGCAUGAGUAAAAGAAAUCAGUAUGAAGCCUGUGCUGGCCCUUCAAUCCAUCUCUCUCUCAAGUCAAAGCCUCAGAGGGUGGGGGUGUUUGUGGAUUAUGCAGAGGGUCUGGUCUCCUUUUAUGACAUUGAUGCUGCAGCUCUCAUCUACUCCUUUACUGGCUGUAGGUUUACUGAGAAGCUCUACCCAUAUUUCAAUCCAUGGCAUAAUAGUGAUGGUAAAAACUCCACUCCCUUAACUAUUUGUUCCAGUUAUCACAGUGAUUAGACUAAUCAGAGUCACUGUCAUGUAAAUGAGCUAAAUCACCUCACGGGUGUUUGAGUUUCCUGUGGUUUUUGUGGGGUUUUCUAUUUGUCUUUUUUAUGUUUCUCAAAAUCUAAAGUAAACACUGAAUUUAUUAACAAUGUAAAUUUUAGACUGCAAAACUCUUCAGAUGUACUACAGAAUACCUAAAGAGAACAUUUGUCCAUCAAGGGUUAGUGCACUGUUGGUUCUGCUCCACUGGGAGGCGCCAGAGAAAUACUCAAGAUCCUUGGUGGAGCCUGUGUGGUGUCACUGCUUUACUCUGUGAGGGUUUGGGAGCUGUAAAAUCAGUCUCCAAAGAGUUUUAAAUAAAAAAGUUUCUUAAUUUGCACAAAAAUGUAAUUGGAGACAACUCUUCUCCUGAUUUGAAAUUGGAAACUCAACAUUACAUUUUGGGUAACUCAGUUUAUUUGGAAGCACAACCAAAUUCUGCACUGAAUUCCCUGUGUGCCAAAAUUACAAUAGAUAUUUAUAAUACACCACAACAAUACAAACAUUAAGUAUGGAUGAAUACACAUUGAUGUGUUAAUUAACCAAGAAAUUGUGAGAUCAUAAAAAGAAACUAAUUCUGUGAAACAUUAUUCUAUUUUUCUGAUAAUUGGCAAUUCAUGGCAAUUAUCCAAAACAUUAUGAAAAGUGACAUUAUCAGAUUUAAUUGUCUAGGGGGGAAGUGCCACGGUAUGCCUGAAAUUUAAAAUUUUAAAGUUUUGAAAAGGGGUGUUGCACAAUAAAAAAAAAGGUAAAUAUAAAUGAAACAAUUGCAAUAAAUCUUGGUCACCAUUUUAGAAAUUUUUGUAGCCACUUCAUUUAAAUUGUCUGCCUUGUGAUUAGAUUUAAUUUAAAAUAUUUAUUUUGUAUGUGUUGGUCAGCACUUUAAAUAAAAGUACAUGAUCACUAAUGUACUGCUUUGGGGUCAAUUCUUAAUGUAAACAGUAUUUUUAAUAGUAAUGCACCAGGUCAGAGGGUUCCUUGUUAAAUAUAUUUUGUUAGUUCUCAGAAAAUAUCUUAAUAUCCAGGCAAGUUUUGUAUCAUAAUUGAAAUAUACUUGACUGAAUCGAUAUUAAACUGAAUUAAAUCAAAUUGAAUCGUGAAUCGAAUCGAACUGAGUCCUUGAAAUUCGAAUCAAAUCGAUCUGGAAAAUCUGAAUCAAUACCCAGCCCUAGUUUUUUUGUUUUGGUUUUUUUUUUGUCGUUGGCAUAAUGAUAAUUAAGUUUUAGCCCACACUGGCUUGUCUGAUAUCUGAAUUUUUGGAGUUGGGGAUUUGUUGAUCAUUAUUUCUUAAAAUCAAGUUAACAAUUUGCUGGUUGAUUUUUAUAUUUUAUUGAUUAUUCAUUUGGAAGUAAUGAGCAUUUAAUUCUGAUGUGAAAAGUUUUACAUAUUUGUCAUGUCACUGAAUGUUAAAUGAUGUCACGUCAUCAAAUUUGCUAUGGCUCAAAUUCAGUGUUAUGUUUUACUUUUGUGAGUUACUGUUUUUUUAUUUUUGUUGUAAGCGAAAAUUUGUUUUAAACUGCUAAAUAAAUAAAACACAAAGACUUUU